GGGUGCAUUUUAUUCACCUGAUUUUUACUUAUUUGAACUUAUCCAAACUUAUUACUUGAACCUGAUCUAAACUUAUUUUUGAAAGCAAAUUUAGCAGUGUUCUUAUAUAAACAAAGCAAGGCCUUAAUACUCAGUAAAAUAUAGCAGUGUUUUUUUUUUAAAGUAAAUAUAGCAGUAUUCUUAUAUAAAAAGAAAAAGAGAAUUUCAAAAAAAAAAAAAAAAAAAAAACAAACUCAAAUAAUUUGUUAGUAGGUGGCAGGCACACAAAAUCAAACAAAUCCAUGACAAACUUCCCACAAAAUCUAGCACCGUUCUAACUUUUCAUUAAAAAAAAAAUUGUUAAUCAUAUUUCCUAAAAAAAUCGAACAAACCCCAAUUACGAAAUCAAAAGAUUGUCUUUGUGCUAAAAUUAGAUUUUGAUUGCUGUUUUCUGGUAUCAAAUUGCAAUUUAUUGGAGUAGAUUGUUUGGUAUCAUCUUGCCUGGAGUAGAUUGAAGAUAGAAGCUUGUGGAUUGAGGAAAAAACAAAGACAAAGUAUUAUAAUGGCAAACAUCAACAAAGAUUGGAUUGAUGCACCCCAAAGUGCCGAAGAAUAUAUCAAAGGUGUUGAGAAUUUUCUAGAUUUUGCAUUUCUAAAUUCAACCAUGGACACAGAGGAAGAUGACAAACCGGAAAUUUUAUGCCCAUGUAUGAAGUGUGUUUACAGAUUUUGGUUCCCAAAGGAGGAGAUUUUCAGUCACCUAAUUGCUAACAGAUUUAACAAGAGGUAUAAAGUGUGGAACUUUCAUGGCGAAGGAUUUACAACAGGGUCUUCUUCAAGGGAAGAUGGGCAUCAGUGUGAUAAUCAAAACACAUUAGACAAUAUGGACGAGAUGAUUAAUGAUAUUUUCAGAGAUUUUAUAGGAGGUUCAAGUUCCGAUGCAGAAGAACUUUGGAAGGGUCCAGAUGAGAGUGCUAAAAAGUUUUAUAAGUUGUUAGAGGAUGCACGGGAGGAAUUAUAUCCAGGCUGUAAAAAUUUUUCUGUGCUUUCAUACACAGUGCGACUCUAUCUACUUAAAUGUCUUAACGGGUGGAGCAAUUCUUCUUUUGAUAAGUUGAUGGAGCUUCAAUGUGAUGCCUUUCCAUUUGCAAAGCUUCCUACUUCUUUUCAUCAUGCUAAAAAAAUGGAGAAGAACCUUGGACUUAAUUACAAACGAAUUGAUGCGUGUCCUAAUGAUUGUAUGUUGUAUUGGAAAGAACGUGCAAAUGACAAGUCUUUCCAUGUUUGUAAAGCUUCUCGAUGGAAGUUAAAUGAGAAGCAAAAAGAGGAAGGUGCAUUGCCUGAUGAAGGAGUUCCUGCAAAAUUUCUGCGCUACUUUCCUCUGAAACCUCGUCUACAAAAGUUGUUUAUGUGCUCUAAGACGGCUGAACUCAUGACAUGGCAUGAAACUGAUCGCAAGAAAGAUGACAAAUUAAGGCACCCUGCUGAUGGACAAGCUUGGAAAGAUUUCGAUGCUGCACAUCCACAAUUUGCAAGUGAUUUUCGAAAUGUGAGGCUAGGUCUUACUACUGAUGGUUUCAACCCAUUGAGAACUAUGAGUGUGUCAUAUAGUAUUUGGCUUGUUGUUUUAUCCAUUUAUAAUUUGCCUCCGUGGUUAUAUAAUAAGUCCAAGUACAAUAUCACGCCUUUGAUUAUACCUGGUCCUCCUUCUCUAGGUUAUGAUAUUGAUGUUUACUUGCAACCAUUAAUCGAGGAAUUAAAGGAGUUAUGGGAAGUUGGAGUUGACACAUAUGAUGCUGUGAAAGAUGAAACAUUUUCUUUAAAGGCAUCCUUGUUGUGGACAAUUAGUGACUUCCCUGCAUAUGCAAUGUUGUCCGGAUGGAGCACCAAAGGAGAAUUUGCCUGCCCGAAUUGCAAUCAUAAGACUUGGUCCAAAUACCUGAAGUAUAGCGGGAAGAUGUGUUACAUGGGACAUCGUAGAUCUUUGAAAGAAAAUCAUCAUUGGCGUCGUAAUAAGAGAGCUUUUGAUGGUAAUGUAGAGACAAGGCCUCCUCCUCCUACUAGAUUCUCAGGUUCAGAGGUAUUAAAGGAUUUAGAAGGGUUUGAAAAUAAGUUUGGGAAAACUCAAAAGAAGGGUCGAAAGAAAUUUCCUUGGAAGAAGAAAUCAAUUUUCUUUGAGCUUCCAUAUUGGGAAACUAAUACCUUGCGUCAUAAUCUUAAUGUUAUGCACAUUGAGAAAAAUAUUUGUGACAGUGUGCUCGGUAAUUUGCUUGAUAUCCCAGGAAAGACUAAGGACCAUGUGGCAUCCCGCUUUGAUUUACAAGAUAUGGGUAUAAGAAAUGAACUCCAUCCAAAGAGAACAAAUAAUAGAGGGAAACGUUUAUACUCCAAAGCCUGUUUUUCUUUAUCUUCUAGUGAAAAAGCCUUGUUUUGCAGUGUGAUGAAAGGUGCUAAGUUUCCCGAUGGUUGUGCAUCAAACAUAUCCAGAUGUGUCCAAUCCAAUGAGAGGAAGAUUGCUGGUUACAAGAGCCAUGAUGCCCACUUUAUGCUUCAUUAUUUGCUCCAAGUUGUGCUAAAGAAUGUCUUGCCUAAGCAAGUAGCAUCGACUUUGAUUAGGCUAGGAUCCUUUUUCAGGGGUUUAUGUAGGAAAGUUCUAAAGCCUAAAGAUCUUGUUGAUCUUGAAUCUGAAAUCAUACAGAUACUUUGCCAACUUGAGAAGAUAUUCCCCCCAAGUUUCUUUGACAUAAUGAUCCACCUUUCACUUCAUCUUGUAGAGGAGGCAAGGCUUGGGGGCCUUGUUCAAGGUCGUUGGAUGUAUCCGAAAGAGCGGUAUUUAGGUAAAUUGAAGUCAUAUGUAAAAAAUAGAAGUCGACCCGAAGGUUCCAUUGUAGAGGCCUACUUGGAAGAAGAAUGCCUUAUUUUUUGUUCUCGGUAUCUUCACGAUGAUUUUAGUUCAAAGUUGAAUGGAGCACCUAGAAAUGAUGAUGAUACUGCAUCCAAUGAAGAUGGAAGCCUUUUUUCCUAAUUUUGGACGUCCUUAGGUGUAAAAAAGAAAAAUAAAGGCAAAAAGGUUUCUUUAGAUGAGGACACUUUGAUGAAAGCUCAUCGCUAUGUACUCUUUAAUUGUGAUGAAAUCAGUGAUUACAUAAGUGAACAUCAAGAUUUUGUAAAUCGUCAAAGAAGUCAAGGUAGACGGGUUAAGCGGAGUAGGUGGGCGAGAGCACAAGAGCACAGUCAUGAUAUUGGAGCAUUGUUCAAGGAUCGUGUACGAGAACAAAAUGUUUCCAAAGAAAUCAAGGCUUUAUCCCAAGGUCCUGACUAUACUGUGAGAAGUUUUAAAGGGUACCUUAUAAAUGGUAACAAAUUUCAUACAAUUGCACAUGAGUCAAAAAGAAACACUCAAUGUAGUGGAGUUAGUGUAACAUCUUCAAUGUCGAGUUUUGCAAGUUCUAGGGAUCAAAAUCCUGUUGUUGGGGAUGUAAAAUAUUAUGGAGUGGUGGAGGAUAUCAUUGAGUUAGAUUAUUCUGGUCAUUUUAAAGUGGUCUUGUUUCGCUGUAAAUGGUUUCAAGUGGAGCAAGAUGAGUUUGGGCUAACAUGUGUAAAUUUUAAAAGGUUAUGCUAUACUAAUGACCCUUUUGUGAUGGCUAAUCAAGUAAACCAAGUUUUUUAUGUGAAAGAUUCCAAAGAAAAGCAUUUGCAUUACGUUAUGGAAACUAUCCUCGGAGACUUCUUUGAUAUAAGUGAAGAAUCAAAUGGUGAUGUUGGAGUUUCUUAUUGGAAUGAAUUUGCUAGCGAUGGUGUUCUUUCAAGGGAAAUCGUUGAGGAUGAUUAUGAUGGUAGUUGGCUGAGAGAGGACUUGCCUGCCACUACUGUUGACGUUCCAGAAUACAUGUUGGAUAUGCGAGCAGAGCCUGAAAUUGAUGAUUCUGAUGAUGAAUUCGAGGACGAUACUCUAUGGGAUUUCAUGUAAGCAAGUGAAGAUGAAGCUUUGGAAAUAUGAUUGGUCCUUUCUAGUAUUCUUCUUUUAGUUACUUUGGAGUAAUAAAAGAACAGGGAUUUUAGCUUAAACAUUUUUGGUUUUGUUUGACUGCAAAAUUAUCUGUUUUAAUGACCAAAAGUUUGGUUUUUGUUUGGUUUUGCGAUUAAUUGAUAAUCUCUUGAAGCUUAAUUUGUUUUUUUUGGAUUAGAAUCAGCCAACUGCCCAAAUAUUAGACCAGCUUAUGAAUGUCGUGAAUCAUAUUAGUCAGCUUGGACUUUCAGAGAAGCGCUGAGUAUGAAAAACCAUAAGAAACUAGUCUUAUUUUAAUAAUCUAUUAUCCAGUUUUAUUUUGCAUUGUUGUUAUUUUGGUAAUAUAUUUGUGAUUGUGAUAUGUAUGAGUUUUGUAGAAUAUAUCAAUGUGAUUUGAUAAGCUUACGAAUAAUGGAGGAGAUAUUAAGAAUUUCCUAGCUGCCAGACAACCGCAGCAGCAGGCAGCUGCUAGCCCUACCGGCAGGCAGUCAGAGCCGUUAGCAGCUGGCAGCCUGCAUCUAGCAGCCUGCAGCUAUCAGCCACUAGUAGGCAGUAGCAAGCCGCCAGCCACUAGAUGCAGCUAGCCGCCACAAGCAGGAAGUCACCAGCGGGCAUGCAGUCGCAGACUGUAGGUUGCAACAGCAACUUAGGUAGUCGCUGUUUUUUUUUUUUAACUGCCAGAAGCAGGAAGCAGGCAGCAGCUAGCAGGUAGGAGCCACCAGCAGGCAGCAUCUGGCCGCCAGCCACAGGAUGCAGCUAGCCGCCACCAGCAGGAAGUCGCCAGCUGCAGCUAGCCGCUGGCAGCCGACAGUCGUAGUCACUAGCUUCAGGCAGCAGAGACUCGGCAUUUCCAUGUUAUUCGGGUUGAUGUGGAGAGGAUAUGAAGGCAAAUGCAGCUGUGUAGGAACACUGACUUGCUGAUCAUGCUUACCUAGCUCUCUAUGGGGAAGGAAAAUCACAUCCCAGAGUUGCUCCCUAUGCUCGCUUUUACAUUUGUUAACCUCACCUUGGGCUCCCUGUAUAUUGUGCUCCCCUCUAAGAGUUCUUUGUUGGGCACUCACUACCAUCAUCAAAGUUUUUAAUAGCAAUUGGGGGCAAGGGAUGUGAGGUCCUCUAUUUAUUUCGUUACAUUUCUUGCUCAUUACAGUUGUUGAGUACAGUUACGACUUACGAGGAGUCAAUUUGGUCAGGAUGGUGGUAAACGGCAAACUAGCAGACAAGUCACUUUAGAGAAAAGCUCCAGAAAGGGAAGAAAGAAA